CUUGAGAGGAGAAUAAUGCGAAUGUAGCGCCGAGCUCUCUGCGCUGGGUUUGUGCAGUGGCUGCAGCACGGAGAGGGAUGGGUGGGCGAUAGAGCCGCUGAGAGGAAUGGGUUUGCCCGGCGCUGGGCGCUGAUCUGCUCCGCCUUAUUCUGUCCCUGGAGAGAAGCGCGGUUCGCAUGACAGAUGCCCCCCAAAAGAGCAACACGUGGGAGGAGGAAUGUGGAGCUGUCUUCAGAGGAGGAAGAGGAGCAGGAAGAAGUUUCCCCAGGAAAAAGGAAACGGGACAUAGAGAAAAAUGGUGAAGCCAGGCUCAAGAAACCCUCUAAGAAGAGAAGCGGGCAGCAGUGUGCCUCAGAUGUACCAUGCAGCAGUAAAGAGUCCGACUGUGGUACAAACCUCACUAACAAAGGAGACAAGCAGAGAAGCAUCGUGCACUACCUGUAUCGCAGCACUCUGGGGGGCAAUGUCCGGGCAAAGUACCUGCAAACCCCUUUUCUCCGGUCCCUGGCUUCAUACAUAUUAUAUCGGACCAACAGCCCCUUUGAUCGCAGAGUUACCACUCUUGAGUGGCACCCUACGCACCCGAAUACAGUGGCGGUGGGAUCAAAAGGAGGAGACAUCAUUCUGUGGGACUAUGAAGAGCUCAAUAACACCCUCAUUCCUGGGAUUGGAGCCGGGGGGUGCAUCACCGGAAUGAAGUUCGACCCGUUUAACCCUAAUCAGUUGUACACCUCAUCAGUGGCGGGUAGCACCGUGCUACAGGACUUCUCUGGGCGCAAUAUUCAGACAUUCACCAACACUGAGGACUGGGCGAUGUGGUACUGCAGCCUCGAUGUUUCCGCUGAAAGGCAGUGUGUGGUCACGGGGGAUAAUGUAGGCAACGUGGUCCUCCUGGAGACCUGUGGGAAGGAGAUCUGGAAGUUACGGCUUCACAAAAAGAAAGUGACGCAUGUAGAGUUUAACCCUCGCUGUGAUUGGCUGCUGGCGUCCGCUUCUGUGGAUCAGACCGUGAAGCUGUGGGACCUGCGCAAUAUCAAAGACAAGUCCAGCUACCUGUACACAUUGCCUCAUGCACGUGGCGUCAACUCUGCUUAUUUUAGCCCCUGGGAUGGGGCAAAGCUACUCACUACCGAUCAGCACAGUGAGAUCCGUGUCUAUUCUGCGUGUGAUUGGGCCAAACCGCAGCACAUAAUACCUCAUCCACACCGGCAAUUCCAACAUUUGACUGCAAUUAAGGCCACGUGGCAUCCUCGCUAUGAUUUAAUAGUUGUUGGCCGAUACCCAGACCCGCUCUUUCCAGGCUAUAUGUCAGAUGAGCUUCGGACGGUAGAUGUGUUUGAUGGACAGAAAGGGAAUAUUGUAUGCCAGCUGUAUGACCCUUAUGCUUCUGGUAUUGUUUCGCUCAACAAAUUUAAUCCAAUGGGAGAUCUUCUGGCUUCUGGCAUGGGUUUUAAUAUCUUGAUUUGGAGCCGGGAGAUUCUGUUGAUGAUGAAGCAGGAGGAGAUGAUGAAGGCUUUGAGGGAGAAGGGGGUUUCAGUGGGAAGGAAGGAACUUCCGAAUUCCAGAUUGCCACAUUCCAGCGCUCCCAGAGAGAAGCCUGGGAAUAAAGGCAGCACCACGGAGAGCAGCAAGACCCGGACUGUGAGGGAAUCUUCUAAACGUGGGAAGCACAAAGACCCGGGCAAAUGAACAUAGGCUUCAGCGCCCAACUGGUCAACAUUUCAAACAUGGAGUAUGGCAGCCAGCGCGAUACCACAUCCUUGGGAUUGUUAGGUUGCUGGAGCCGAACCCAUAGUGCCUUAUUGCACUGCUUUAUGUGUUUCAAUACAAGGUUGCGCUGUAUUUUCACAUCCAGAACUUUUUCAUGACUAAAAUGAUUUUUAGCGAGGGUCCCAGUAUUACACCCUGCAUCUCCGCUCUGACGAGUCCAGUCCAGUCAGUGAAUUGGCUUAAUCAUCUGCCCCCUGCUGGCUUCUGGUAUACAUUACUAUUUGCUUUCAGGGCAUGGUAUGUGUUGUCUUUCUAUUUUUUUUUUUUUAUAUUAUAUAUAUACAAACAAAAUAAAUGUGGAUCCAUGUUAAAAUGGAUUCUCAAACAGAAGCGCCUGGGUGCUGACAGACUGAUCAUCCCUUGGAAUCUUGGAUUGCCCAUGAGUCCAGGCCUUCGGAUGAAGACCGCUGCACCAGUGGUUAUUGAACAGUAGAGAACAGGAUCAUGGGAUGGGCAACACAGAUGUAACACAUCCCCUUUAUUCUUGCGUUCAGGUAAGAAGCCGGGGGACACCGUGGAACAAGUGAGACUGACUACCGGUGGGAACUAUUGGCAUGGCGGGGGCGGGGGGGGCUGAUUCUGUUUGGGACAUUACCAUAGGAAUCCUUUAGUUCUGAGGCCAAAAAGUCUUGAAGAAUAUGGAAAAUAAAUGUGACUUCCAUCCUGAA